CACCCCGCCGCUUUCCAAAACACCCCAAACAGCUGAUAUUUUGCCCACCUAAUUAGAAACUAACCCACCCAGCCUCCCCCUUUAGAGCCGUUCUAUUUUUAGCCGCAGAUAUUGCAAUAUAAAGAAUGGUUGGAGUGUAAAUCUGCCUGCAGAGAGGCUGCUGCAGCUUUAAUAGCAGCUGGGGCAAUUAGACUGAAAGGGAUGGUGGUGGGGGUCUAAUGAGCUUCACUUCUCAGGCACUGCUGGGUCUCCAAAGGCAUGGGGCUACUGUAGGAGAGAAAGAAGCAGCUGGAUCCAGACAGGGCACUUUCCUUGGGACAGGACAAGACUUGGGUCUGCCUGGUCUGACCCACUGGAAACAUGGCUACAAGUGCUGUUCCAAGUGAAAACCUGCCCACAUACAAAUUGGUGGUGGUUGGGGAUGGUGGCGUGGGGAAAAGCGCUCUCACCAUUCAGUUCUUCCAGAAGAUUUUUGUGCCAGACUAUGACCCAACCAUUGAAGAUUCCUACCUGAAACACACGGAAAUAGAUGGCCAGUGGGCAAUUCUUGAUGUUCUAGACACUGCGGGACAAGAGGAGUUCAGCGCUAUGCGGGAGCAAUACAUGCGGACAGGGGACGGGUUCCUUAUAGUUUAUUCAGUCACGGACAAAGCCAGCUUUGAACACGUGGACAGGUUCCACCAACUGAUUCUCCGAGUCAAAGACAGAGAGUCUUUUCCAAUGAUAUUGGUGGCCAACAAAGUUGAUCUAAUGCAUUUGCGGAAAAUCACUCGGGAACAAGGAAGAGAAAUGGCAACUAAACAUAACAUCCCGUACAUAGAAACUAGUGCGAAGGACCCACCUCUGAAUGUUGAUAAAGCCUUCCAUGAUCUUGUUAGAGUAAUCAGGCAACAGAUCCCAGAGAAAAGUCAGAAGAAGAAGACCAAAUGGCGAGGAGACAGAGCGACUGGCUCCCACAAACUGCAGUGUGUGAUUUUGUGACCCAGGGGCUCUUGGCACCCCCACCUGACCUAAUGUGAACUAAAAAAGCACUCGCGAGACGCACUGUACCACCUAACUGCACCGUAACGCUUCUAACAGUGGACCUUACACCGAGGAACUUGCCGGGGGGGUUGGACUCACUGACAUACUUGAGUGGUGGCCAAACUGCUAGAGCUUGGCCUGGUUUGCGUGCGGUGCAGAGUGGAUUGCAAGUGUGGCAAGGAGGAGGGAAUAUCCAGGACCAGGACUCUCAGAGGUCAACAAUCCCCAGCUCCUUGGUGUUUGUUUUAAAAAGUGGGGGGGGGGGGGUUUAAAGUGUUGGUUUUAUCUGCAAACAUUUCUCCAUGUGACCCAUUUCUAGCAGCCGUGAAUGACCCUUUGUUUGGUAGAGUCAGUCGAGUGUGUAUGUGUGGGGGAAGGGGAAGGGAUUUUUAUUUUUUAUUUUUUUUUUGCUCUUUGAGCACUGGGUUGGAAAGAAACCCGGCUGGGGUUAGUUCCUUUUGCACUGAACUCUCUCUCUUAAACGGAGAUGCCAAAAUGCAGCUUCACAUGAGAGUGCAUCGAUUUGAAGAAAGAAAAUGAAUUCCAGCUGCUCUCCACACUCCAGACCUUGUGUCAGACCCUGGAGGGCAGCCAGCUCACAGUCCAUAAACUCCAGUGUCGAAAGAAUGGGCGGGGGGUUACCCUCUGUGAGGAGGUUCUGGUUCUGUUUCUGUUUUGUAUUUUGGGGGCAUGUCUGAUUCAAAAGGUAUUUUAACCUCAAAAUAUUUAAAUUAAAGUAAUUUACAAAUGGAA